AAUUUGAUGCUCACAUUCAAGUGAACUAACGCAAAAAAUGGCUUCUAGUUCAGAAUCUCAAUCUCAGUCUAAACCGCUCCAAGACCGAGUUGCAAUCGUCACCGGCUCGUCCCGCGGAAUCGGCCGAGAAAUCGCGCUUCACCUCGCCUCACUCGGCGCGCGACUCGUCGUCAACUACACCUCCAACUCGGCCCAAGCCGACUCAGUCGCGGCGCAGAUCAACGCCGGUUCCGCCACCACGACACCGCGCGCCGUCGUGGUCCAAGCCGACGUGUCCGAUCCGGCUCAGGUGAAGUCGCUCUUCGACUCGGCCGAGCGCGCCUUCGACUCGCCGAUCCACAUCCUUGUCAACUCGGCGGGCGUGAUCGACGGCACGUAUCCCUCCGUCGCCGACACCACCGUGGAGUCCUUCGACCGCACUUUCGCGGUGAACGCGCGUGGCGCCUUCGCGUGCGCCAGGGAGGCCGCGAACCGCCUCAAGCGCGGCGGCGGAGGGCGGAUCAUUCUACUGACGACAUCGCAGGUGGUGGCGCUGAGGCCGGGGUACGGGGCGUACGCGGCGUCGAAGGCGGCGGUGGAGGCAAUGGUGAAGAUCCUGGCGAAGGAACUGAAAGGGACGCAGAUAACGGCGAAUUGCGUUGCGCCGGGACCGAUUGCGACGGAGAUGUUCUUCGAGGGUAAGACGGAGGAGGUGGUGAAUCGGAUCGUGCAAGAGAGUCCCUUGGGGAGGCUCGGUGAGACCAAAGACGUGGCACCCGUUGUGGGAUUCUUGGCCACUGAUGCUUCUGAAUGGGUCAACGGUCAAAUUGUUCGUGUCAACGGUGGCUAUAUUUAGUGAUGAUUUUUUUUAAAAUAAUAACAAUAAUAAUAAUUAGUGUAUUUUCUUUCACUUUGUCACUACUUGGCAUGAAAUAAAUCACCUUCCGAGAAAAAUACUUAAUUUAUGUGCGAUCAUAAUCGUGGCAAAAAUUAGUUAUCGCAUUCAAUGCAACCUUGUAUCAAUACCUGAGAAUAAAGAAGAAGAAAGGGGAUGUGUGUUGAAUA